AUGUACAUACACACAGACACAUGUACAUGCAUACACAUGUACACACAGACACAUGUGUGUACACACACACACAUAUACAUACACACAGGCACAUGUACAGAUACACACAUGUACACGUACACACACACAGACACACACCCCAUAAAAGGUUGCAGAACUUCGUUGUUCACUCACAGCCGGGUACUGCACUCUGGGGGGGGGACAGAGAGCACAGCACACACUCCUUGCUUUGCUUUCACUGCACUCAGCUAUUGAGCAGUCUGACGGCUCCCAGUGCCAAUGACACAUCCAGCCUGAGCUCCGAGCCUGCUCAGCAAGACGGCCCUGGGGGACUCACUCACCCCCACCGUAAUUUCCACUCGCCAUUGGCGAGCAGGCAAGUGGAAAUUUCAAGCCCUGCAUUAACG